AAAUGGAGCACAACAUAAUAGUAACCUAGUCUCUCUUGAAUCAUAAUAACUUCUUCAAAGUCAGAUUAAAUAAAAAUAUACUUUACCAUAUUUUAUAUCUUCUUUAGAAAACUGAAACAUACAUCAGGACAAUGGAAUCUUAUUCUAGCUCAUAUUCUUCAUCUAAAUCUUCAUACAUAUCCCAAAACACGAAGAAAGCAAAUGGAUCAAUGAAAAAUGAAUACCCUUUUGAAUCCAAAUAUUCUUGGCUUCACUCAGUAAGAAAGUCACCAACAAAGACAUGGAAUAAGAAGGCACCAAUAGCACCAAUGGCACCAACACCUGCCAAAGUAUACAAAGUGGAUCCAAUAAACUUCAAAGAACUUGUUCAGUCCCUCACUUGUGCACCUCAGUUCAUACCUUCACAGCCUCAUCACAAACUUGAUCUUCAAAGCACCACAAACCAUACCAUUGCCAAUGACAGUGUUCCACCUUCCCUUCCAAUGAAAAACUUCACAAACAAAGACAGUGUUGAAGUGUCCCCUCCAUUAGAGCCAGUGAGUACUACUAAUAGCUGGUAUCAGUACUUUCAAGCUGAAUAUUUUGGAAAGAAUAAUGAUCAGGAAGAGGAGGUAAUAACCCCUAGUUUGUUGGAAUUGAAUUUGCUCUCACCAACUUCUUUUGGUAACUGGUGUUUUGUUCCUCCCAUCAUCACCCCAAGAGUUUGAUUUGUUUGGAGGCUGUUCUUUUAGCCAGGCCUUUUAGAAUAGUUUCAUUUUUUUUUCUUUCUUUAAUUAUUUCUGUGUUACUGAAGUUUGAAGUGUGAAGAUAUAUAUAACGGUUUUUCCAUCCCAGCAGAUCAAUAUUCCAUUUGAAUCAUAGGCAUCGAUUAGAAUUUUAAGCUGCUGCAUGUGUAAACUACUAAACCGUUCUUGGAUAUGCUGUCUAUAUUCUAUACAUGUAAUUUUAUUUACGUGGACUACUCCAUUCAGUUAUUAAUUACAGUAGUAACAUUCAAAUUUAA